UGACAGUCUUUCCAAUGUGAGAUUCAAAUAGGCUAACCCAAGAGUGCGAAAUUUUCCAUAUUUAGGGGCCUAAUAUCAUCAAAUUUCUUCCUGUAGAAGUAGCAGCAAUUCAUUAUCAGAGAAGAAAUGCAGAUAAGUGAGGUGUUAGAGGAACUGACAAAGCCAGCACGCCAGUUAAGUUAUCAGGGAUCACAGAUCUGUAUUGACUAAGCAGUAUUCUAAAAGAAAAUUCUUUUUAGAAAUUAUGUAGUUCGGGUUUUGAUCCUGUAAAUUCUUUCAAAAGAGGUUAGUGAUUAAAAACAUUGUUUUAAUCUCGCAGUCUCGAGUCCCCCUAACACCCACUCCUUAAAUUCCAUUUCUACAACCCAGAUCCCUGCCUCAGUACUCUGGGUGUUAGCCAUGCACCUACCUGCCCAGACAGCUGCAGAGUCUCAGACUUUGAAGAGGAGUAGUGAAUGGAAGCUGAAUACCUCCAUAUCCCAUAACACACAAAUGGUUUAAUUCCUGUAGAGAAUGGAUCAGGUCGGGUGUGGUGGCUCAUGCCUGUGAUCCCAGCACUUUGGGAGGCCGAGGCAGGCGGAUCACUUGAGCUCAGGGGUUCCAGACCCACCUAGGCAACAUGGUGAAACCUUGUCUCUACCAAAAAUGUCAAAACUUAGCCAGGCAUGGUGGUAUGCGCCUGUUGUCCCCGCUACUCGGGAGGCUGAGGUGGCAAGAUUGCUUGAACCCAGGAGGCGGAGGUUGCAGUGAGCCAAGAUAGUGCCACUGCACUUUAGCCUGGGUGACAGAGUGAGACCCCCAUCUCAAAAAAAAAAAAAUUUUAACGAAGAAUAAGCCAGGUGCGGUGGCUCACGCUUGUAAUCCCAGCACUUUGGGAGGCUGAAGCAGGCGGAGCAUGAGGUCAGGAGUUCAAGACCAGCCUGGCCAACACAGUGAAACCCUGUCUCUACUAAAAAUACAAAAAUUAGCCGGGCAUGGUGGCACAUGUCUGUAGUCCCAGCUACUUGGGAGGCUGAAGCAGGAGAAUCACUUGAACCUGGGAGGUGGAGGUUGCCCAGGCUGGAGUGCAGUGGCAGGACCCAAACUCUGCAAGCCUGAUCCCACUGGCUGUCUGCACCUGCCUGUGUGCUCUAGCUCCCCCUCACUGCCAACUCAUGAAACACAGGCUGCUCCCAGGAUACCUGGCAAGAAGAGCACCAUGCCAUUCAGAUGUGCAGGAGUAGGGGUUUGCUCUUCCCAACUAAAGUACAUGUCCACCAGCCAUGGGGCAGGUAGACCAAUCACUGUUGCAGAGUUGGUUUUAUAGGCAACUGAUGUGAAGGUGUACAGCCCGUUGUCACAAAAGUUAGGCAGUAGGUUUUCCAUUGAAAACUUUCUUAUUAGAAAUUCUCCCCAAUCUCCAUCUCAAAUCACAGAAUUUCUCUUAUUCAAUUAAGUUUUUGGACCUGGCCCCAUGACAAAUUAGUUAUACAUAGAAGAUAUCCAAUAGUGUGGUCCACUCUUCCCAUUUAACAUUAUUUCAUACAUCUUUCCCUUAAAUUCCAAAAAAAGGAGAUUUCUGAUAAUCAAUUGGCAUUAAUUUUCAUGAUCUGAUAAAUUACUUCUUAGGAAAAUCCCAGAGGCCAUCAUGCUACUGGCAGACUGGACUUGGAAUUUCUUCAGCAAACCUAUGUACCUUCAAAAAUCCAAAUUGAGGGCUGUGCAUGGAGGCUUAUGCCUGUGAUCCCAGUACUUUAGGAAGCGGAGGCCGGCAGAUCAUUGGAGGCCAGGAGUUUGAGACCAGCCUGGCCUACAGGGUGAAACCCAGUCUCUACCAAAAAUACAAAAAUUACCUGGGCGUGGUGGUGGGCACCUGUAAUCCCAGCUACUUGGGAGGCUGAGGCACGAGGACUGCUUGAACCCAGGAGGCAGAGGUUGCAGUGAGCCAAGAUCCUGCCACCGCAUUCCGGCCUGGGCAACAGAGCAAAACUCCGUCUCAAAAAAAAAAGUCGAAAUCAGUAGAAUUAAUGUUGGAAUGCCCUUUGAUUUAAAAACAGUAGAGGCCUAGGCGCAGUGGUUCAAGCCUGUAAUGACAGCACAUUGAGAUGCCGAGGUAUGAGGAUCACUUGAGUCCAUGAGUUCAAGACCAGCUUGGGCAACAUGGCAAAAUCCCAUGUCUACAAAAAAAUUCAAAAAUUAGCCGAGCGUGGCACAUGCCAGCUACUCAGGAGGCUGAGGUGGGAGGAUCGCUUGAGCCCGGGAGGAGGAGGUUUGCAGGGAGCUGAGAUCUUGCCACUGUACUCCAUCCUGGGUGACAGAGUGAGCAGAGUGAGUUCCAGUCUCAAACAAAACAAAACAAAACAAAACAAAACAAAACCUCCUUUUGCUGGGGCAUUAUUGGUGGAGACGGGUGGCUAGGGGAUAAGUAUGCAGUUUUUCUCUAGGCGGGAAACUUAACUGAAGUUUAUCAGGCGCGAGUUAUUAACAAAAUUUGCGCCCUCUAAGCUAACACGGCAAUAUGGGGCUUAGACAUCAUAGCUCAUCCCCAGUCGCGAAAAACCCUCCCAAAUUUGCUUGGGAUUGGAAAGAAAAAGAAAAUAUACAUUCAUACUUUCAUACAUGACAUAGACACACACACACAUUUAUAUAAAUACACACAGAAAGCACAUGAAACACAAGCAGAAUUAACUGUGUUGUUCAUACGGCCACUCAGUGAAAUGUAUACUGUAUAUUGUGUUUUAAAUAUAUACUUCCCUUCAAGUGUUUCAAGUUCCAGGCUGAGAAAGGACUUGGUCUCUUGCUUAGAUUUGAGGAGCCUCACUAGGAACUGGAAGGGUGUACGCAAUCUAGUUGCCCCACCGGCUUAUUUAUAUUGAUGCACACAUCGCUUCCCGUCGGCGACGACCGCCUAGAUCCGGGGAAGGGUUUUGCAGACGUACCGAGAACUAUUGCUAAGGUUUCCUCAGAUUUGGGCUGUUCCGCAGCGGCAGGUCCCGGGAACCAGGGCAACAGAGAUCUUCCUAGGCUCGCGAGAGCGCCCCCUUCUCCCACGGCUGCUGGGGCCCCCCAGUAACAAUGGCUCCGGUGUCCGGCUCGCGCAGCCCGGAUAGGGAGGCCUCGGGCUCGGGGGGAAGACGUCGCAGUUCGUCGAAGAGUCCAAAGCCCAGCAAAUCUGCCCGCUCCCCGCGGGGCCGCCGCUCUCGCUCGCACUCUUGCUCUCGGUCCGGGGACCGGAAUGGACUCAGCCAUCAGCUGGGUGGCCUCAGCCAAGGCUCCCGAAACCAGUCCUACCGCUCACGCUCGCGGUCGCGUUCUAGAGAGCGGCCCUCUGCGCCCCGGGGCAUCCCCUUCGCUUCUGCCUCCUCGUCAGUCUAUUACGGCAGCUACUCGCGCCCCUACGGGAGCGACAAGCCUUGGCCUAGCCUCCUCGACAAGGAGAGGGAGGAGAGCCUGCGGCAGAAGAGAUUAAGUGAGAGAGAGAGAAUUGGAGAAUUGGGAGCUCCUGAAGUAUGGGGACUUUCUCCAAAGAAUCCUGAACCAGAUUCUGAUGAACAUACACCAGUGGAGGAUGAAGAGCCAAAGAAAAGCACUACUUCAGCUUCUACUUCAGAAGAAGAAAAAAAGAAGAAGAAGAAGUCUAGCCAUUCAAAAGAAAGGUCCAAGAAAAGGAGAAAGAAAAAAUCAUCGAAAAGAAAACAUAAGAAGUAUUCUGAAGAUAGCGACAGUGACUCUGAUUCUGAAACAGACUCCAGUGAUGAAGAUAACAAAAGGAGAGCAAAGAAAGCCAAGAAAAAGGAAAAGAAGAAGAAACACAGAUCGAAGAAAUAUAAGAAAAAGAGGUCUAAGAAGAGCAGAAAAGAGUCCAGUGAUUCAAGCUCUAAAGAAUCCCAAGAAGAGUUUCUGGAAAAUCCCUGGAAGGAUCGAACAAAGGCUGAAGAACCCUCAGAUUUAAUUGGCCCAGAGGCUCCAAAAACACUUACCUCUCAAGAUGAUAAACCUUUGAACUAUGGCCAUGCUCUGUUACCUGGUGAAGGUGCAGCUAUGGCUGAAUAUGUAAAAGCUGGAAAACGUAUCCCACGAAGAGGUGAAAUUGGCUUGACAAGUGAAGAAAUUGCAUCAUUUGAAUGCUCAGGUUAUGUAAUGAGUGGUAGCAGGCAUCGCCGAAUGGAGGCUGUGCGACUGCGAAAAGAGAACCAGAUCUACAGUGCUGAUGAGAAGAGAGCCCUUGCAUCCUUUAACCAAGAAGAGAGACGAAAGAGAGAGAACAAGAUUCUGGCCAGUUUUCGAGAAAUGGUUUACAGAAAGACCAAAGGGAAGGAUGACAAAUAAAGAUUUUCUGAUUGUCCAGAAGACAUUUUUAACAACAAAAAAGAAAAUCUGGGUUCCACACAUACAUAGAAAAAGAUUAUUAUGUUCUGAGAAAGCUUUACAGUGCUACUGUGCCUUCUAUUUAAUUCUUUCAGUCCUUCAAUAAAAAGCUGCUUAUUGAUAUAA